AUGUCAACGAACGCAACGAAACGGAAAUUUAAUACCUUAUUGCAGGGCUUAGGAUCAUCGAGCGCGAAAGCCGCCAACGACACGUCGGCGCACGAGACCGACUCGCCUUCGAAUCGCUCUACUACUUCGCCUGGCACAGAAACUCGUGUAUCCGGCGUAGAUGCCGAAUUACUUCAAAAGCGUCGAAGAUUAGGCUUUCCGGAUUCAACGGCACCCAAAGCUGGCAAAAGAACAAAUCUAUCUGCGACCCUCUCUGCUAUCGUUUCCCGACGCACACAAACACAGGACUCGUCCAAGAAACCUACAGGGGCGCCCGCGCGAUAUGCACCGACCGAUCGAGGAGACCUUUUGAAAAGGCUAGGCACGUUCCAAGAAAUAACAGACUGGACUCCAAAGCCGGAUAAAGUGAAUGAGAUAGAAUGGGCAAAGCGUGGGUGGGUUUGCCAUAGCAAAGAAACAGUUCGCUGUCUUCUCUGCCAUCGAGAACUGGUUGUCAAACUCAAUCGCAAGGUUGUGGAUGGAAAGGAGGUUCCUGUUCUCGUGGCAUCUGAGAUAGAGGAUGCAUUGGUAGACAAGUAUGCCGACCUCAUUGUAACUUCUCACCAGGAUGAUUGUCUCUGGCGUAAGCGGGGCUGUGAUGAUUCCCUUCUCCGGCUGUCUUUAACCAACGCGACUACGAGUCUUGCGGCUUUACGUGAGCGUUAUGAUGAGCUGCUAGCACGAAAAUCAUUCUUGCCCUAUGAAUUCAAUCUUCGACUGCCAGAGGAGUUGAACUUGGACCAUGUUCUUUCACAUCUACCGAACGACUUCUUCACCAAACCAGCAGCAGCAAAGGAUGCUGAGGCUCAGCCAAAUCGAGUCGCACUAUCGCUUGCCUUAAUGGGAUGGCAAGGCCUCAAUAACGCCCGUAUCGGUGCAGUGCCAAACUCGGCAUCAUGCCACACCUGUCUCAGGCGACUAGGAUUGUGGAUGUUCAAGAGCAAAGAGGUGGACGGGAAUAAUGAGAUUCUGGUACCAGCCCCUAUGGACUUCUUAGAUCCAGCCCGAGAGCAUCGCUUCUUCUGCCCGUGGGCGAACUCUGAGACUCAGAAGCAGGCACAUUCCCAGAAGGCUUCUGAGCAAGACUUGCCAGGCUGGAAGGUGUUGGUGCGAACCAUCGCGAACGAAGCACAUCUUCGGAGUGUUUAUGAGGGACGUUCACCGGCGAGGCCGCGAACUGAACGAUCAAUGGGAGCACCGUCCACGCCCCAGAGGCCUGGAACGGCCGCCUCCAUCAAUACGCCGACUCAAACCCCUGGCUCUGUUGGAGCUGGGGUAGAAAAUGCCGAAGAAGAUGAGAAAGAGAGAGAUGUAAAGGAUAAGGAGAGAUGGGCGAGGUUGAAAAGAGUCAAGAGUUUGUUUGAUACGAAAGGGAGCAGGAAGCUGAGGCACUCGAUAAGCAAGUCCAUUAGUAGACCCGGAACUGCCACUUCGACAAAAUCGGCCAAAUCAAAUGGAGGCCUGGCGGAGUGA